AGCAACUUGUGUGCUCAAUUAUUGUGGCCUGGCCUCCCAUGGGCGGGAAUCGGAAUCUCUCGCUGAUUGCGCUUAUCAAUCGCCCCCGGUGGCGGCUUUAAAUGCUGGCUCCACGGCGAAAAACGGCUCAGUUCGAGCAGAUCCGGUGAUGAGUGCGAAAGUGAAACCGAUUCCAGAGGAGAUGAGCCUGCCGCUGCUCCUACUACUGAUAGUGGGCAUUGCCUGCGCAAAUGCGGCUGCCAACUUUGACCUCGAGGCCAAGACGUUUGUGAAUCAAUCGAGUGGUCGCUACUACAAGUUGUACAACGAGAUCGCCGGCGAAACAUAUUCGGCGAACAACGAGGAGGACUUCGAAGCACUGUUCUCCAAGCUGAACAAUGUGAAGCGCAUUGCCGAGGAGCUGGUGAGCAUCUCGCGCCAGGCGGCCGGAUUUAAUCUGGACAGGAUUCGCGACCCGGAGACGAAGCUUGCUCUGCAGGAGCUGCGCACCGCGGGCGAUUUGUUCGUGUUGGGCGACGACUACUUCUCGUCCGUUCAGAUGAACCUGGCCGCCCUGCAGACGCUGUCCACGGACAAGGACAUCGAGCCGUACCUGGGCGGGGCCAAUAUGCCCAACGAGGACGACAGUGCGCUGGCUUACUUCCCGGACAUCCAGAAGAUCGUGCAGACCAGCCGGGAUGCCGACGAGCUCAAGUACUACUGGGAGGCGUGGCGCGAGAAGAACCAGCUGUGGGCCUCGCUCAACUUCUACACCAUAGUGCAGUCCUAUCAGCGGGCGGCAAAGAUCCUGGAGGUGCCGGUCCAUAAGCUGUGGUACCGCUACGACAGCCAGGAAAUGCUGCAGCAGAUGGAGCAGGCAAUGGUGGAGCUGCGUCCCGCCUAUCAGCAACUGCACGCCUUCGUGCGCCAGGAACUGCACCGGAAGUACGGCGGCGAGGUGGUGAGUCCCAAUGGACCCAUACCGGAUCACCUGCUGCAGCAGGUCCUGGAGCAGGCCUGGGCAGGUGGCAGCAUCCUGGAGCAGUACUACCCGCGUGCCCAGUUGCCGGAGUUCGAUGAGUUCGUCAAGCACCUGAGUGCCAAGGCCAUGGUCAACGAAUCGGAGAACUUCUACACUUCGCUGGGCUUCGAGUCGCUGUCCGCCGAGUUUCACAAGAACCAGCUGAAGGAGCCCAACCAGGACAGUCCCAACGACGACUGCCGGCCCUCCAUCUUCGACCUCACCCCGCACGUUUACCUCAUGUAUUGCGAGAAGGUCAGCUUCCGGAAGCUGAUGCAGUACCACAGCCACAUGGCCAGGGUGUACUAUGCGCAGCAGAAGAGCCACCUGCCUUCGUACUACUUCAAGGCCUACAACCUGGAGUUCGCCGUGGGCGAGGCUGUGGUCCUGUCCGCCUCGGCUCCGGCCCAUCUAACUGGACGCCGUCUGGCCAAAACGACGCUCAGCGAGACGGCCCUAAUGAGUCGGCUCUUCCGCAUGCAGAACGAAGAAUUUCAAGAGGCUUUUAAAUGCAUUUGCCAAAUUUGACUGAGAAACAAUAGU